AUGGAACGGCGUUUAGUUGUAGACAGCACAACCUCGGAGAAGUAUAUGCGAAUAGCAUCCAUCUCCAUCGCAUUUUACGAUUAUAUCAUUACACUCCCCGCAGAAUGGCGCUUUUACCGAAGCCAAUCGUCAUUCUUUCAUAUGAGUAUUGCCUGCACAUUAUUUAUUCUUAUACGCUAUUUUAGUAUAUUGGCUAUCGUAGUCAGCAAUUACGGAUACUUCUCUUCCACCUUUACCCUCCAAACGUGUCAGCAAUUCUAUGUUGUGGCGCCUGUCUUCAAAGCCGUACAAUCUAUGGUAUCGCAGCUCAUCCUAGGUGUUAGGACAUUUAAUAUUGCCAGAAGAGAUAGGCGGAUAGGAAUCGCGCUAUUGGUGCUAUACAUCGUCGCAAUUUCGGCGGAGUGGUUUGCCGAUCUAUACAACCGCACCCCUGUUAUGGUUGAUGUACGUCAGUGUUCCUUAGAACGAAAUCUCAUGCAAACAACGUUCCUUUUUAGGGAAACAAAUGCUGGCAAAGUAUUGUCAACUUGGUUCUACUACCUCGCUCUGAUGAUCUAUGAUAUUGUGAUGGUGACGGUAUCUACCAUGCAUCUUCUGCGCUAUAAUCCUCUCAGUACCAGAGUAGAACGGCUGAUACGGGUCUUGAUCUAUGACGGCAUUGGAUAUUUCAUCAUGUUGUCCGGCAACGGCGAACGUAUUGAACCUCAUCCUUUAUCAUACGACCGAUAUCGACACCCAGUCGGCAGGGGUAUCAAUAGGUUAUGCUGUAACGUGGAUUAUGAGCCAACGGAUCCUCAUCAAUAUACGAGGUGCGCACAACCCCAGUGCUUGACUUCUGUUCCGCUAACGCUUGCGCUAUACAUUCGUUCCGUUGCUUGCGCUCCACUUACUCGCAAAGGAAUGUCAGAGCCCGGCACUCAACGCCUGGAAAACGUUAUCGUAGCGCGUCCCACACUCUCUGCGCAGAAAAAAGUGACGUCCGGUCUCCGCUCACAGUUCGAGUCUAAGAGCCACUCCAAAGGCUGUAAAAGCCCCAUCAAUGCAGAGUUCAGGCCCACAUCUGGUCACAGUGGGCAUGCCGACGACAUAGAGCUCGGUGUACGCGUACGCGUCGAGCGCUCGGUGGUGGUAGACUACAAGGACGAUUCUGAGCAUUCGAGUUCGUGGGGGCCACAGGGGGCAAAAUGAUUCUGAGGCACGGACGCCUGGCAAGCAUAAAAAAGAUGGAAUGACUAUCUGCUGCGGGAGACUACCCAACAUACGAUAUUGACGUAGAUAUAUCCAUCCAGUCCUACUAUUGAAAUCUCAGAGUUUCUCACUCUUAGGUUAUCCCC